CUCUCUCUCUCUCUCUCUCUCUCUACUCUCACACUGUCUUGCUCUUCCUCUCUCUCUCUUCCUCUCGCGCUCUCGUUCAUUGUGUUGAGCAGAGGGGAUUGAAUUUGGCUCCUGAACUGUUACGUUUUCACAGAGCUUAGAGCGAGUCGCAUUCAACAGCACACACACACUCUCACACACACACUCUCACACACACCCCCUCGCGCACACACACACACGCGCACGCACACAGGGAGGAUUGUCAGCAAGCGCAGCGCGGUGCUCUGUGGGAUUGCAACCACAAGUGGACUGGUCUGGUCUGGACCUCCAAGCCACCCUCAAACACUGAGCUAGGAGGAGGAACAGGGAAACACUGCUUUAACGAGAGGAGAGGUCGCCUGUGGUGGACAAAGCUGCUACAAAACUACUUGGGGAAUGGAAAAAACAUAAGGAAAAAUACAAACUCCUUUACCUUAUAGAGAAAAAUGAUGAGUAAAGUUUGUGGUUAAUUGUUCAUGUAAUAUACCGUGGUAUAUUGAAACUGCUGCUUUCUCUAAAGGCAAUUUCAAAAGACAAAGGUAAGACAAACCUACUACGAUGGUUCAGAGGAUUUUAGUCCAGAGCAUCAGAUAUUUUAGCUAUUUUGCACUGUUCUGAGUAACCGGCAUGCUUGUACCAAAACAAAAAUGUAAAAUCUACAAACACUCUCUGUCUGUUCCCAUUAUUCAUAAAUCGCAUAUGUGAGUGAUUGAACUGUGGGUGAACCUUUCAAUUAUGUUGAAAAACUAUGGAACGUCAGUUAGUAUUCGUUUGUUUGAGAGACAGGAACCACAUACUUUAGAUUUUUGGACUAUUAGAUUUUUCUUUGUUGUUUCUCCCCAAACUUGUUGUUCUGUCUCUGACUACAAGCCCUGCUCUGAGACUUUGACCUCUGGUCUGACCCACCAUAGAGGACUGUUCUAAAGCCUCAGCUUGGCACUGAGGAUGGGGUGUACCAUGGCAGCUUGCCCCCUGUCCUGCCUCCUCCUCAUCCUAUCCUUCAUCCUGACGGGGCCCAGCCUGGCCCAGGACCUCACCAGCUCCACCACCACUGACCCGGACACUGUCCAAACCCAGACAGCCAAUCAGACAGCUCCGAUGACCCCCACCAUAACGGAGCCCGUCACCACGCUAGUAACCACAGAGUUCAGUGGCGUGUCGACGCCCAGCGGUGACAUCGCGGAUGAUGAGGAUGCCAUCCCUACCAAAGGCACCCGUUGCCAAGGUUACUACGAUGUGAUGGGCCAGUGGGACCCACCUUUCAACUGCAAUAUGGGUGUUUUCCUGUACUGCUGUGGCACCUGCUUCUACCGCUUCUGCUGCCAGUUCAGAGGGCAGCGGCUCGACCAGAGCAUCUGCUCAAACUAUGACACACCCAUCUGGGCCAACACGGGCAAGCCCAUCACCACGGUGACCGAGGGCCAUGGCAACCAGGAGAGAGACCGCACCCAUAUGAUUGUCUACAUCAUCUGUGGAGUGGUGGCCAUCAUGGUGCUGGUGGGCAUCUUCACCAAGCUGGGCCUGGAGAAGAGCAGGGGAUCGGCAGGGGCGCAGAACGACCUCAGCAACUCCAGGGAAUAUGACCUGCUCCAGAAAGUGAGAGGGAGAGAGAGAGAGCGAGGAGAAGAAAGGCACAAAGGAAAAGAGACAAAGAGAGGAAGGAGAUCACAAUAUGGCCAGAGGACCCUGACAGAGCUUCUGAAGCAGCCCAGAGGAGAGGUUAGCUCAGUGGACAGCACAAUCACCAACCCCCCUAUCGAAACCAACUACAUCUCAGCUAGGAUGCUACGCAGCCGCAGCGAGCACUACCACCUGAACAAUUCAGCCUUAUACCCAGGAAUGCCACACCCUCACAGCAACCUCAGUGGACUGGGCCUCAACAAGUACAACUCCCUCAGGGCUGUGGCGGACACUGCCUCUCGUGGAUACUAUAAGAGCUACCCUUUGAUGGACUUCUCCCAGUACCAGGCAGCCCCUCCAGCCUUCCAGCCCAUCUCCCUGCACCCCAAAGACAAGUCCUACCUUCACCAGGACCACCACCAGCUCCCCACCCACCACAACCUCCACGCCCCCCUCUCCAUCUCCAUCCCCCAGAGCCACCCGGAGAGGUCCCGCCUGUCCAAGACCACCAGCCACCCCCUGUUCUCUAGCUCGGCCUUGAAAGCCUGGGACACCAGUGGACGCCAUGUCCAGAGGCAGACCUCCCAGCCUGGGCACAUCUCAGCCCACCAGCAUGCCUAUUCCACCAGGAGACAGCACAGCGUAGAGAAUUUCCCGGAGAUGUUCAACCACCCUGUGUCAUACGGCCACCCAUCCUCCUACCACCACACCAGGCAUAAGAGCUACUCCACCAACAGCAAGACAGAGGUCACUGUCUGAGAAUGGAGCUCUGAGUUCCUCUGUACCUACAAUGAUACAGAAACAGCUACAAAAAUGUACAGGAGACAGAGGAGUGUACUGGAUGAAGUGGGGUUAAAAGAUAGGGCAACAAUGCAUCAGCAUCGCCACCCACCACCAUGACUCAAGUACAAUAACUGAACCACAAAGAUCACCAAGACAUUGAUAAUGCAAGAGAAACACUGUCGCUCUCUGAACACCUCUGAGCCUCAGAACCUGGACCCUCUUGGUCUCUAUGUCUACCACAACUCCUUGUUGCUCAAAACCUUUCUUUAACUCUACUACAUCUCUCCAUGCAUUCUUCUCUGGUCUUGUUCUUUCGCUUAUAUCCUCUAUUUCCCACUCCCACAGCUCCCCCCUCUCUCAGCCCUUAGAAGCGCUGUGUUCAGGCCAUUAGAGGGAUGAUGGCACCCCCGGGGCCACAUUAACUCGACAGGGACAAUGCCAUCCUCACGUCAGCUCCAAUCAGCCUCCGCCCCAGCGCAAGACAGAGAGAGAGAAAGGGAGAGAGACAGGUAGGAAGAGAGUGGGAAAUCACUCUAGAGUUCUUUAGAGGAAAGCCGGAUGACAGGAGAGGACAAAGUAUAUAUGUACAGAUUUUUCUUCCCUGGGGGUGAAAUGAAGGAGUCAUUGUGGAUCUGGAGACUGUCUAGCCUGGGUGCCAGUCUGUUUCUGCUCUCUUGCCAGCUCCUUAUGGAAUUGUUACGGCUUGACAAUGACAAUGGAGUAGGCAAUGGCACAAACAGAUCUGGGACCAGGCUAGAGACUGGGUCUUGAUGGAGUGUUUAUGAGUGCGUGUGAGUAUGUGAGGACACACUGGGCUGUCAGUGUAAGGGAAUUCGUUGCGGCAUCUCAGACCCCAGAGGAGGUCUUCCGUGUUUUCCCCCGAUGCACGGACAGUAAAGGGCACAGACAAGAGCUCUAGAGGUGUUGCUAAGGCUACCAGACUCUCUUUAAAUGGCAAGGGAUGUACCCUAUUCUACAAGUGGUGCAUCUAUUUGUUUACCAGGACAAUGAUUAACCACUGAAGGAGAAUAAAGAAACAAAACUGUUGUUGAAAAGUAGGAUACUUGUACAUGACUAAAUGACACAUAACAGGCAGGGGACUAGUGAUAGCAGCACCUUUGGUCAGUUGCAGUAGUUCUAAAACCCAGACAAUGGUGCAGAAAUGUGUAAGGACCAAUGAAGUCUAAUCAACACUACGGUCUCUCGGAAGUAUUGGGUUGAACACAAACUCACUCUAACAAGGUACACACAUGUAGCCUUGUAGGACCAUCCUGAUCUCACGAGCAAGCAAGAUCAGGAUGGCCAUACGAGGCUAACACACAUGGCCAACGUACUAGCUGCACACUUCAGAUUAAUCCACUUCCAGAAGUGGAUUGCUAAUGAAGGCAAUGAAUACAACUAAACUCUUUACAUGAGUCAUGAUCAUGAUGCAUUACUACACCUCGCACAUCCCUACCCUUCCUCCUUUUCGACAAGUAGUCUAACGUUUAAGAGAGUAUGCGCCAGUAACCGAAAGGUCGCUGGUUUGAAUCCCCAAGCCGACUAGAUGAAAAAUAUGUCAAUGUGCCCUUGAGCAAGGCACAUAACCCUAAUUGCGCCUAUAAGUCACUCUGAAUAAAUGACUAACGUAAUCUUCUCUCUAUUCCUCCUCAUCUUCUCUCUAUUCCUCCUCAUCUUCUCUCUAUUCCUCCUCAUCUUCUCUCUAUUCCUCCUCAUCUUCUCUCUAUUCCUCCUUAUCUUCUCUUUAUUCCUCCUUAUCUUCUCUCUAUUCCUCCUUAUCUUCUCUCUAUUCCUCCUUAUCUUCUCUCUAUUCCUCCUCUACCGUUUUCUAAUCAGCUCCUCUUCAGUUGUAAUCAUAGCCUUCUUUCAUCUCUUCCUUCUCUCGGCUCUCUCAUCAAGUCUCUAUUCACCCCUUCUUUUGGAGAGCUAUUUUCUCUCUCAUUCCCUCCCUAUCACUCGCUCAUGUUCCCUCUGUUCUCUGGCUCCAAGCGGUGUAACUGAUAGUCCUUUGGCCCCCCUGCUCUGUUUCCCAGUCCCAUCACCCCACUUCCCACAGCCCCAGAAUGCCGGUUUACUUGCGUGUGUAUGUAUGUGUUUCAGGGCAGUGGGCUGAGACAAGGGCAUGUGUACUCUCACAUGAACAUGAUUGAAACUACCAGACGCUGUUUAAAUGACUCCAGCGCCAAUAGCAGCUUUUAAAACAAAUGUUUUGACGACAAGAACAGAAAACAGCCCCAUUUUCAGCUCAGUUUUCCACUGAAUGCUGCCUGUCCUCAAGUGAAAAACAAACACAGCCUAUGCAAUGCCAAACCUGUAACACUGUAUCAACAUCAAUACGCUAGCAUUACACCGUCACAACAAAUUGUAAGAUACCACCACCACAAUGACUACCGCAACUGGUCAUAACCAUGUCAUAACAGCUGACAUAACUUGUCAUAACCUGUCAUAAUGGUCAGAACACUGUCAUGACCCAUAUAUUUUCACCUGUUGUGAUAUAUAUUGUGUUAUUUUAUGGCUGGUUAUGACACCUAGAUAAGUGUCGAAACCCACAUUUUUUUCAAUUUCUUAAAAUGCUUUUAAAAAUCCUUUGUUGUUGUAAUGUAUUCACUACAGUCAUGUUUUUUAAAAUAUUUUUAAAUAACUUGUAGAAAAUACACUUUAUGAAACUGUCAUGAAGCAUUCUGGCCACCCUGUGUCACUUUACUUGGACUAAGAAAAUACACUAUGCCAAGAGUGCAAAGCAAAACAGCCUUUUAAAGAAGACUAAAACAACUACUAAAGACAGUAGGAACACAGAAAACCCAUGCUCCUCCUUGCGUAAACAUCUUUACUCAACGGGAUAGAACCAUGAAGGCAAAGGGUGGCUACUUUGAAGAAUCUCAAAUAUAAAAUAUAUUUUGAUUUGUCUAACACUUUUUUGGUUACUACAUGAUUCCAUAUGUGUUAUUUCUUAGUUUUGAUGUCUUCACUAUUAUUCUAGAAUGUAGAAAAUAGUAAAAAUAAAGAAAAACCCUGGAAUGAGUAGGUGUGUCCAAACUUUUGACUGGUACUGUAUAUAUACAGUUGAAGUUGGAAGUUUACAUACACUUAGGUUGGAGUCAUUAAAACUUGUUUUUCAACCACUCCACAAAUGUCUUAUUAACAAACUAUAGUUUUGGCAAGUCGGUUAGGACAUCUACUUUGUGCAUGACACAAGUAACUUUUCCAACAAUUGUUUACAGACAGAUGAUUUCACUUAUAAUUCACUGUAUCACAAUUCCAAUGGGUCAGAAGUGUAUAUACACUAAGUUGACUGUGACUUGAAACAGCUUGGAAAAUUCCAGAAAAUUAUGUCAUGGCUUUAGAAGCUUCUGAUAGGCAAAUUGACAUAAUUUGAGUCAAUUGGAGGUGUACCUGUGGAUGUAUUUCAAGGCCUAACUUCAAACUCAAUGCCUCUUUGCUUGACAUCAUGGGAAAAUCAAAAGAAAUCAGCCAAGACCUCAUAAAAAAAUUGUAGACCUUUACAAGUCUGGUUCAUCCUUGGGAGCAAUUUCCAAAUGCCUGAAGGUACCACGUUCGUCUGUACAAACAAUAGUACGCAAGUCUAAACACCAUGGGACCACGCAGCUGUCAUACCGCUCAGGAAGGAGACACGUUCUGUCUCCUAGAGAUGAACGUAUUUUGGUGCGAAAAGGGCAAAUCAAUCACAGAACAACAGCAAAGGACCUUGUAAAGAUGCUGGAAGAAACAGGUACAAAAGUAUCAAUAUCAACAGUAAAUUACGUCAUAUAUCGACAUAACUUGAAAGGCCGCUCAGCAAGGAAGAAGCCACUGCUCUAAAACCGCCAUAAAAAAGCCAGACUACGGUUUGCAACUGCACAUGGGGACAAAGAUCGUACUUUUUGGAGAAAUGUCCUCUGGUCUGAUGAAACAAAAAUAGAACUGUGUGGCCAUAAUGACUGUCGUUAUGUUUGGAGGAAAAAGGGGGAGCCUUGCAAGCCGAAGAACACCAUCCCAACCGUGAUGCACGGUGGAGGCAGCAUCAUGUUGUGGGGGUGCAUUGCUGCAGGAGGGACUGGUGCACUUCACAUGAUAGAUGGCAUCAUUAGGAAAGAAAAGUAUCUGAAUAUAUUGAAGCAACAUCUCAAGACAUCAGACAGGAAGUUAAAGCUUGGUCGCAAAUGGGUCUUCUAAAUGGACAAUGACCCCAAGCAUACUUCCAAAGUUGUGGCCAAACGGCUUUAGGACAACAAAGUCAAGUUAUUGGAAUGGUCAUCACAAAGCCCUGACCUCAAUCCUAUAGAAGAUUUGUGGGCAGAACUGAAAAAGCGUGUGCGAGCAAGGAGGCCUACAAACCUGUCUGAGUUACACCAGCUCUGUCAGGAGGAAUGGGCCAAAAUUCACCCAACUUAUUGGGGGAAGCUUGUGGAAGGCUACCCGAAACGUUUGACCCAAGUUAAACAAUUUAAAGGCAAUGCUACCAAAUACUAAUUGAGUGCAUGUAAACUUCUGACCCACUGGGAAUGUGAUGAAAGAAAUAAAAGAUUAAAUAAAUCAUUAAAGUCAAUAAAGUGGUGAUCCUAACUGACCUAAGACAGGGAAUUUUUACUAGGAUUAAAUGUCAGGAAUUGUGAAAAACUGAAUUUAAAUGUAGUUGUCUAAGGUGUAUGUAAACUUCCGACUUCAACUGUAUAUAACAUAAACCAACUGUUGACACGUAGGCUAUGGAGUACUGGAAUGUUUUGCUUUGUGUGUAGGUUUUGUGGGUUUUGACACUUCUGUACGCAUCAUAACCAGCCAUAAAACCGUGGUAGGUUUUGUGGGUUUCCACACUCUUAUGUAGGUGUCAUAACCAGCCGUAAAAAAACGCAAUGUCACAACAGGUUUAAACAUGUGUCAUGACAGUGUUAUGAUCAUAUUAUGACAGGUUAUGUCAAACGUUAUGACAUAUUAUGACAUGGUUAUGACCGUGUAAUGAGGCUGGGUGUCAAGUAAAGUGUUACCAUGCAACAUAACACAACAUGAGUGACACACAGAGGCAAGAACUGUGCAAGCAGCACACACUGGUGAGGGUAGUCAAGAGGGACUAGAGAGGUUGAAGCAAUAUACAUAGUUAUUCAUAUUUCAGUAGUUAAGUCAAUGUUUUUACCGUUGAAUGAAGUGUUUCUAACCUUUUCCAUUAUGACACCAUGCAUUUUUCCAACCCUUGUACUUACCGUAAGAGUAGGGGUGUUAACCCCUGGUGUCCAGGCUAAAUGACCAGUCUGGCCCUCAUACCAUCAUGGCCACCUAAUGAUCCCCAGCUUCCAAUUUGCUCAUCCAUCCCCCUUCUCUUCCCUGUAACUAUUCCCCAGGUCAUUGCUAUGAAUGAGAAUGUGUUAUCAGUCAACUUACCUGGAUUUUUUAUUAUAAAAACGUACAGGGAAUACUUUGCUUUAUGUUCUGUUGGGAUAAAUGUAUGACACACAGUGAGCUCCAAAAGUAUUGGGGACCGUGACAAAUAUUUUGCUAUUUUGGCGUUGACUCUAGCACUUUGGAUGUGAAAUGAUACCAUGACUAUAAGGUUAAAGUGCAGACUGUCAGCUUUAAUUUGAGGGUAUAUACACCCAUAUUGGGUGAACCUGUCACGUUCUGACCUUAGUUCCUUUCUUAAGUCUUAUUUUAGUUUGGUCGGGGCGUGAGUUGGGGUGGGCAUUCUAUGUUGUUUUUCUAUGUUUUGUUCUGUAUGUUAUAUUUCUAUGUGUUUGGCCUAGUAUGGUUCUCAAUCAGAGGCAGGUGUCAGUCGUUGUCUCUGAUUGGGAGCCAUAUUUAGGUAGCCUGUUUUUCAUUGUGUGUUGUGGGUGAUUGUUUCCGUUUCAGUGUUUGCACCAUUUGGGACUGUAUCGGUUUUCAUGUGAUUCUCUUGUUCUUUUUUUGUAUUCAUUCUCGAUUAAACAUUUAUUAUGUAUACGUA